AUGACUUCGGAACAGAAGAGGGUAGUCAUCGCGUUCGAUCUGUACGGCACGCUGCUCUCGACCGAGUCGAUCGCCUCGGAACUCUCGAAGUUGUACGGAGACGAAAACGCCAAGACGCUCGCUGCGCAAUGGCGGAGGUACCAGCUGGAGUACACCUGGCGAAUCAACAGCAUGGGCAUCUACCGGCCCUUCUCCGAGCUGACGCGCGCGUCGCUGAAACACGCCGUUGCGGAGAAGAAGCUCACGCUCUCUCGAGAGGAUGAAGAUCGCCUAAUGAACGCCUACAACGGCCUACAAACCUUUCCCGAGGUCAAGGCAGCACUGAAGCUCGUUGAAGACGACACCUCGAUAGACGCCUAUGUCUUCUCCAAUGGCACUGACGACAUGGUGGGCACGUCGAUGAAAACAUCGCCCGAGUUGUCUCGAAUGGGCCAUGUAUUUGGUCCUGAUAAGCUGGUCACUGUUGAGGAUGCUCAGUGUUUCAAACCAUCUCCAAAGACGUAUCAUCACUUUGCGAAGAAAGUAGGGAUGCAAGAUCAGCAGGACAGCAUAUGGCUCAUCAGUUCGAAUCCUUUCGACGCACUAGGAGCAAGAGCUGCAGGGUGGCAGUCCGCCUGGAUCGACCGCGCCGGGGCGGGUUGGGUUGAUGCUCUGGGCAGUUCGAUCGGAACUGAACCGACUAUUGUCGUUGAAGGAGUAGACGAAGCUAUCAGGAAGAUUAUGGGAACGUCGAAGUAA